GUGUGGAGCACCUUCGGCGUAACAUGGUUCCAAAGUUUAGGGGCGCGGGUAAGAAUUUGGGUUGGAAAUUCAAGGCUGCCUACAUGGCAUCGACAUUCAAGGAAUUUGAGGAAUAUAUGUCCUUGUUGGAUUCUGAGGAUAUUCGUAUACGACCUUGGCUUGAGAAGAUUGGUUUUCAAAAGUGGGCCAAGUGCAUGUCUGGUCCUAGGAGAUACGAUAUCAUGACUUCCAAUUGUGCUGAAUCUAUGAACAACGUCAAUGUGUCUGCAAGAGAGUAUUCUAUAUCAAAACUCGUGGAUUUCUUGAGGGAAAGAAUGCAGCAAUGGUUUUCAGAAAGGAAGGAAAAUGCUGAGAAAACACGUACAUUUUUUGCUCCCACACGUGAGAAGCAUUUGGUGGCCCUUCAAGGACAAGCUUGCAGGAUGCAGGCCAGCGAUGUCAUGCUAUGAUUAUAUAUCCAAAUAUUACACUCGAGAUUACUGGUUGUCCACCUGGAGUGGCGUUAUGCACCCUAUUUGCGAUGUGGAGUCUUGGUCAGUUCCUCCUGAUGUUUUGAAUGUUCGUUGCAAGCCGCCUUCGUGUCAAAAAAGACCACCCGGUCGUCCCAAAAAGUCAAGAAUCCCAUCAAUUGGUGAACAUCGUCGUACGAAGCGUCAAAAAUGUUCCCGCUGUCAUGCUAUUGGUCACAACAAAAAAACCUGCCGCAAUCCACUGCCCAUAUCAAAUGCCUGAUGUAUUUUUUAAGUUUUCUUCUUUAAGAAUUUUUAAUUAUGGUGUCAUUGUUUUGAAAUGUCCAUGUUGAUUACAUAAAUUUAUGCACAAUUUAGAG